UAUAUUUUAUUAUAUAUUUAAUGAUAUUAGUUUGUAUUUUGCAUGUUAAUAAUUUUUGGUAAAAGCUUAAUCAAACUUGACAUAGUUUGACUUUCUAAAAAUAAUAUAAGCCUUAAGAUUUGCGGAUGGAGGUAGUACUAUUUAGCUUAGCAGAAAUAUUUAAAGGCAGCCUAGAGCCUAGCACACUAUUUUAAACAUUGAUUUAUUUAAAUAUAGAAGAUUCACAUGUUUAUCUUCUGGUAGACGAACUGUAUUAUGAAAUCGCGUUUUAAAAGUAACCUCCUGACCCAUCGCCCCCGAGGGCCAGGGGUUCCCCACCCAGUCAACCGUCGCGUUAUUCUUGUAUCGGUGUGGUUGCUAUAUUAAUAUAGUAGAGCGGAAGUCACUUUGAGGAAAGUAAGGACAGCUGGUCACUCCCAUGGUAAAUUGGAAAACCUAGCCGGGAAACAUGAUUUAGGGCAUCCUUAUUUACUUAGCUUCGUCCCGAUCGAUAAGUUGACCACAGCCAUAAUAAGGUUCCACUAUGGGCCGCUGGAUCGAAUGAAACAAAGGGUUGGACCAUUUCUCUACUGUGUCCAAAAAACAGAAGGUUCUCAGGACACGGGAAUGACAGAACCCAACACGUACGUAGCUUGCCACAGGUGAUGAAACCUAUGGUGACCCGGAUGGCGCAAUAUGGCGCAUUGCCGUCGCCCUGCUUUGCUCUCUCCGACACCAGCGUCAUGUACGCACAAAUUAAUAUGCAUGUUCAUAUAUUUACUGUUUGCAUUGUCAGUUUGUCACCCUCCCCAGAAAGAGAAAAUCCUCCUAGCGUGAGAAAAUAGUAAGAAGAUGAGGAUCUCCGGCAGCUCGGCGGUGCUGGUGGCGCUGCUGGCCUUGGCCACCGUGGUCGUCGGAGGCACGGCGGCGUCAGUUUGCGACGGGGUAAGCAGCUGCGGAAUGGGCAGCUGCAACGAGCACCUGAUCCCGAUCCUGAGCGCCUACGUAUGCGACUGCUACCCCGGCUGGCAUCGCCUCCUCCCCAUCCCGACAUCCGCUCCCUGCUACAUCCCCUUCUGCCCCACGGAUUUCACCUGCUACAUCCCUACCCCGAAGUUCCCACCAAUUGGCAGCAAUGUGACACUUAACCCCUGCCUAUUCAUGGACUGUGGCCCGGAAGGCACCUGCGUGGAGGAAAAAGAUAAACCUUUGAGAUGCCAGUGCAAACAAGGCGCGACCAAUUCGCUCAACGACCCUUCCCUCCCUUGCAUCAAGGGCUGUGUUAUUGGCAAGGACGGCUGCCCGGUUCCGACCCCUCCACCGCCACCGCCGUCACCGCCGUCAUCGUCGCCCUCCAUGGCUCCACCUGGCUCGGUUCGUUUGGGGAGUCUGCUGCUGCUGGCCUUGCUCGCGGCUCUUCACGUCGUGUGAUGACUUGACAACAUGAUUUCAUGCCUGCACGGAUCAAGACUCAGUUUACUGGUACAACGUGAGGGAGGAGCUACGUGCAUACGCUAUGUAGUACUUAUAUGAUGUGUAUACACUCCGUACUAGGAAGGCCGACGCGGUGGCACGCCGCAUCCGUGGUGAAUCUUUUAGAACUAGUUAUUUAUUUCUUUUUUGGAGUGCGUUGUUUGAACCGUUGUUUAAGGGCUGAAGUUUAAACGAUUUUUUCCUCAAAAAGAUGAAUGUAACACCUAGUUUGGAUGCAAACCAAACACGUGAAC